UAUUCCCCGUAGUGCGGUGUUAAAUUGCCACAAUGGCCCCGAAUUUGGAGGAAAACCUCCUUAACAGGGCUUCGAAGGAGCUCAUUUUAUUCAUGUUGCCCCACGGUCCAAUAUCGGACGACAGUGAAGAAGACAUCGACCCCGAUAUCGACGACAGUUUCACGUUUGACCCUUCCCGGAUCCACGUCCCUCUGGAGCACAACCUUAGGGCGCUCCUGGUCCAAGUAACGGGAACAGAGGACUUGGAGCGCGUAACGCAAGUGAAAUUGCGAGUGAUCGCCCGAGACGUCCCCUUGCAACACUUGGGGAUGUUCAUCCCGGCCCUUCGGGAGCUCAUCUUGGACGGCAGUGUCGUCGCGACGCUGCGGGAGCUGGGCUCCACCCUAAAAAACCUGAAAAUUUUGAGGAUAAAUCGGUGCGGGAUCGAGGUUUUGGAUAAUAUGCUCGCGUUGGAGAGUCUGGAGGAGCUGUACGCUGCGGAUAAUUCGAUUGAGAACUGCAUGCCUUGCGCUUUUUUGAGCAACCUGAAAGUACUGGAUUUGAGGAGGAAUCGGCUCAGAGAUGUGCCACGCACCUUGACCUUCCUGACGAUAUGCGAGAAACUGGAACAUAUUUAUCUCGGGGGAAAUGAUGAAAUAUGGCAGUUUGGGAACUACCGACAGACCGUUAAAAGCUUAUUACCGACAUUGAGAAGUUUAGAUGGCAUUACCUUCGAAGACGAAUCUAAUCCGAAACUUUCCCAGCAAAAUUUGACUCAAAAAACGGAAAAAAUCAACCAAAACACGGUGUUUGUCCCUAUCAGAAAUGGAAUUAUGCCGAGAGCUAGACCUACAAGUGAUGCAGCAACCGGAUUUACCAUCACUUUUCCCCCUAAAGUAUUCAAUGAAAGAUCUCCAAGCUCCAAAUAGGAUGAAUUAGGACUAUUG